ACACUGAGAACAUUGAACACACAAAAUACACCCAAUAUAUGAGCUAUACAUUUGUUUGUUCAAACGAAAAACUCUGUCAACUUUCUGAUAAAACUCUCUCAGUUCUACCCUUUGUUCCAGUUCACCGGUUUAACCUAUUGUGUGCUCAAUAGAGUUGUUUGUUUGUCAUCGUAUAAUGAGAAACCGACGCUGCAAUGCUCCUAAUAACACCGUGAAGAGGCAUCAAAUUGGUUUAAGGACAUUAAUUGUGUGUGGCACAAACUUUGGUUGUCCCUUUGUUUGAUAUGUUUUUCUGUCCUAGAACAACGACAAUUCUAUCUUCUGUUCCUUCGGAUAAACUUUUUUUUCCGGAAAAUAAAACACUUUUUCUCUACAAAAGUAUGCUCAUAACUAUUAUGAAUACAAUUAUAAUCAAUUAAAGUUGCUAAAUCAUAUCUAUUUUCAUAAAUAUUGUUUUAAUUACAUUAUACGAAAAAAUUUCAAAUUUAUAUUAGCAAUUAUAUUAUUUAAAAUUCACGACUUUGGGAGGUAUAUUUCUAGUGUUGUUUUACUUAAAAUACUACAUACCACGUACAAUUUAUCUUUGUACUUCGUAUAAAACAUACGGUCAAUGGUACUAUGCCAUAAUUCGUUCUAGAACGGUAAAUUCCAUCUUGGAUAUUUAAAAUGUGAAAAUUUUAAAUUUAUGAAGGUAUGCUAGUAAACCGUCUUCAUUAAAUUUAUGAAGGUAUGCUAGAUUUAUAUAUUUUAUCUUUCAAAUCUCUUGUCAAUUUAUUUUUUAACUUUUGGAUUGAUAAAUUCAUUUAACAUUAGGGAAAUUUACCCAAAUAGGAGCAAUUAAAUUCUUAAUUGUCAAAAUAGGACAAUAGUUUAAAAAUUCCUCAAAUAGGAGUUAAUAUUUUUAGUUAGACAUAAACACCCUUGGAGCUUGGAAAACAGAAAUCUGCUGACAGAACUCAAACCGCCGCCGGUCGCCGGCCUCAAAUAGGAGUUUUAAAACGUCUCACAAUUAAAAGUGUUGUUUCUAUGAUGACACAACUAAAAGUAAAAGAAAUCAAUACCAAGAAUUAAGGACGUUUUCUUCCGAAUUGUUUUAGGUCCUAUACUAUUUCAGAUCAUAUCAGAUUAGAUCAGACAUAAAAAGACCAAACCAGAUUAGAUCGAACUAGAAUUGAACAAUUAUAAAACAUACAUAGACCAAACAUUUAUCAGAUUAGAUCAGUUCAGACUAAAUUAGAUCAGACUUAAACACAUCAAAUUAGAUCCGAUCACACAGCAAAUUAACGUCCACUAGAAAAAAUCCUAACCAUCAAAUCUAACACAAUUACGAAUUGCUGUCACAACACCACAAGGACUAAUAUAAAUAUAUUAAUCCUAAAAAUACCGAAAAUACAUUCAAUUAUACUAGUACACGGAGACGGAGUACUAGUCUGAUUAAAAUACAACGAAAAGUCAAGUAUCCUGGUCAAAAAAAUCUGACUUGUACGGUUGUGGUACCUUUGAAAAGUCAACGUCCCAUUCCAUAGCAAAUUCUUUUCCUGCCUACUCCCCCGCACACUAUAUUACUGGCUUCAGCCUAAGCCGCAAAACCAAUUCAAGCCAUGGCGUCCCUGAGCUGCGCCGCCGAUCAGCUCGCUUCACUUCUUGGACCCAACACCACCAACGCCUCCGCCGCCGCUUCCUACAUAUGCCGGCAGUUUUCCGACGUCUCCGAUGCUUUCGUCGUUACCGGUUACGCCGUUGACUCCACUUAUCUCCUCUUCUCGGCUUACUUGGUCUUCUCUAUGCAGCUCGGCUUCGCCAUGCUCUGCGCCGGCUCAGUUCGCGCCAAGAACACCAUGAACAUCAUGCUCACCAACGUCCUCGACGCCGCCGCCGGCGGACUCUUCUACUACCUUUUCGGGUUUGCCUUUGCCUUCGGAACCGGAGAGAAAUCCAACGGCUUCAUCGGAAAUUACUUCUUCGGCUUGAAGGGUAUCCCUGACGCUGACGCCGGGAUGGAUUACGCUAAUUUUCUGUACCAGUGGGCUUUCGCCAUAGCCGCCGCCGGUAUAACGAGCGGCUCAAUUGCCGAGCGGACCCAGUUUGUGGCUUAUCUGAUAUACUCUGCUUUUCUUACCGGCUUUGUUUACCCGGUCGUCUCUCAUUGGUUCUGGUCCGUAGACGGGUGGGCCAGCCCGACCAAUAAUUCAGAUCUCCUGUUCGGAUCCGGAGUCAUUGAUUUUGCCGGGUCAGGAGUCGUUCACAUGGUGGGUGGAGUAGCCGGAUUAUACGGCGCAAUAAUCGAAGGCCCGAGAAUCGGCAGAUUCGAUCGCUCGGGUCGAUCCGUGGCUCUACGCGGUCAUAGCGCGUCAUUAGUUGUUCUGGGCACGUUCUUGUUGUGGUUCGGGUGGUACGGGUUCAAUCCCGGGUCAUUUACCAAAAUACUGGUCGCCUAUCCCGGCGGCGGCUUCUACGGCCAAUGGAGUGCGGUGGGACGCACCGCCGUCACCACUACGUUGGCCGGCUGCACUGCCGCCCUCACCACCUUGUUCGUGAAAAGAAUUUUGUCGGGACAUUGGAAUGUCACCGACGUGUGCAACGGGCUCUUGGGCGGGUUCGCGGCAAUCACCGGCGGGUGCGCCGUUGUGGACCCGUGGGCGGCGAUCAUUUGCGGGUUCGUGGCGGCGUUGGUGUUGAUUGGGUUUAAUAAGCUGGCGGAGAAACUCAAAUACGACGACCCAUUAGAGGCGGCGCAGCUGCACGGCGGCUGUGGGGCUUGGGGGAUUAUAUUCACGGCGUUAUUCGCGAAGGAAAAGUACGUUAAUGAGGUUUACAGGCCGGGCCGGCCUUACGGGUUGUUUAUGGGCGGUGGCGGGAAGCUUCUUGCGGCCCAUGUGGUCCAGAUUUUGGUUAUCUUCGGAUGGGUAAGUGUCACAAUGGGUCCUCUUUUCUACGCUCUACAUAAAUUGAAUCUGUUGCGGAUCUCGGAGGAGGAUGAAAUGUCGGGUAUGGACUUGACCCGACAUGGAGGAUUUGCUUACGUGUAUGAUGAUGAAGAUCAUGACCAAAGGCCCGGUGGAUCCAGAUGAGGAAAAUUGAACUUCGUUUUCAAGUUUGAACUUGGCAAAAAGUCCCAACCCCAUUUUUAUUGUAAAGAGCAAAAUGAGAACAAUUCGUUUUCUUUUCAACUUUUUGAGUUUUAAGGAUUGUAAAGUUUCGAUGACUUAUCUGUUUCGUUUUAAAAAUUUGGAAUAAGUAGCUCGCAUCUUAGCUGUCAUAUGAUCGGGACGAUGUUUAGCGGAUGAGUUUGAUGAGAACGUAUAAUUGUUGUUUGGUUUAUUCAUCUUGAGAAGAGACUUUAUCUUUCGUCCCAAUUAUUUAAAUACAUUUCAUAAGUUUAGAAUUUCA